AUGCACUACUGUUGCAUUUGCGGUGGCCCAGCUACCUCUUUGGAUCUGCGCAAAGCUUCCUUAGCGAGUGAUGGCGAUGAUCUCCAGAGGUGCUAUGAGGACGAGUGUGACUGCAUUGGGGAUGAUUGUGAGGAUGCCGAUUGCCCGAGUAAGUUCGGAUAUGAUAGCCAAGUUCUCUUAGAGGGAGAUAUCGCAUGGCUCGAUAGAGUGGUGAUGAUCUGUCCCUUUACGAACAAUGACGGAAUCGGCCCUGCCACAGGCUCGCAGUCUGGCGCCUAUCUGACCCCAAUCGGCGAAUACGACGAGUAUGAGGGACUCGUCCACUUUCCCAACACCUCCGACAAGUGCCCCAACAGAGACGGAUUCUUAGUGCACGAUUGUUGUCUCCGUAUCCUGUCCCUUGCUCGAAGCAACUCCUGCAAAAAGCAGCCUCAAUUGACCCUCGAGCGUCUUUUCAUGGUAAUGAAAAGAUUCGCUGUUACCAGCCCUGGAAAGGUCAUUGAUUGGAAGGACAGCAGGCUCUACGGUGGCGGCGUGCACGGAUUCCAGGGUUCUGAUAGAUGGGAAGCACUGUAUGGGUUCGAGUGGCUCGUCACCGAUCCCGGGAUAUACACAAACGUAGGUUCUCUCCUCUACUACGCGGCCCACCCCAAGAUAGUAGCAAUGCGAAGCCCAAUUUGGGGACCCCUCAAAUUGAAGGAAGAAGUCAAACAAUCCACCACCACUGAAGAGGACACCAAAAAAAAGGACCGCUUCAAAAGGCUCCCCCUUGAACUGCAACACACGAUCAUAGAGCUCCUCCCCACCAAGGACGUACACAAUCUGAGCCUUGCAAGCCGCGCCAUCUGCAACGCAACCAGAUACCUGCCCAAUUCGUUCUGGAAAACGCGUUUGGGACAUGGUCGCUUCGGCUAUCUUGCCCGUUUUCACGGCGAUCUGAUCUGGCCUCGUGUGCCGGUCAACUACUACCGCCUCCUGUGCAGGCUUGAGGAUGUGUCUCGUCCAUGGCCACAUGGAGACCAGGGCCCUCCCGGCGAAGACGAACAGAUCUGCCCCUACUGGAACAGCCUUAAGAACUGGCGUCGUAUUUGGGGUUGCUGUGAGGCGAUUCUUGAUAAGGUAAAUGAGAAUGAUAGUGGAAUUCCCUUGUGA